AUGAAGGCCCGCUCCGCUCAAAGGGAGUCGCGCCGCCGCAGGGACGAGUCACGCCGCCGCCAGGGACGAGUCGCGCCGCCACCAGGCCGUCUCCCGCCGCGGCCAGGCCAUCCUCCGUCGCGGCUAGAGCGUCCCCGCCCACCACGCUGCCCCGAAGACCGCGCCGCUGCCGGACCAUCUCCCGCCACCGCCGAGCGGACCGUCUCUGCGCCGCGAGACGGACGCCUUCCGCGAGGCCGCGGCCCGGCGGCGCGGGACCUCCCGUCCUCCGCGCACGCGCUCGAUGGGCUCGCCGACAUCGUCGCCCAGGGCAAGGACACCCUCGCCGCCGCCGCCGCCUCCUCCGCCUCCUCCGCCUCCCCCCCGUCCGCGGACGCCGAAUCCGACCUCAGCUCCGCGUCGGGCCACCUCCGCUACUACAGCCGCUUCGAGGCGCAGCUGCACGCGCUCCAGUCGGAUCCGGCCACCUUCGCCGCCGAUCCCGACGACGCCGAGGACUUCGCGGCCUGGAGGAGGGAGGCCGGGUUCAGCGUCGACGAGCGGCAGGAGGAGAUCGAGGCGCUCGCUACGAGAGCGACGCCGUGGAGGGCAUGCUUGGACCGGCUCGUGCCCGACGCUGUGGACGCCGAGAUGUUCUGGGCGAGGUACUUCUACCGCGUCCACAGGCUCAAGCAGCAGGAGGACGCCAGGGCCAAGCUCGUGAAGCGGGUCAUCGCGCAGGAGGAGGAGGAGGAUCUCAGCUGGGAGCUGGAUGAUGAGGAACCAGCACCAGAGGAGGAGAUUAAGCAGGCAUCGAUCAGUGAAGAACCAAAACAUUCUUCUAAUUUGAUUAGCCUAGGGGUUUCCUUGGGUUUUCGGUCUGAUGAGAUUUCUGUUUCGGCUAAUGUGUUGAGACAAACGGAGCUUGACCGUCUAACGGUUGCUCCGAAUGUCUCCACUGGGCCUGAAACGACAGUUAUAGACGAUGCUGAUGAUGACGACAUCCUAGAUGGUCAAAUUCUCUCGGCUAUAAUUGGCAACAUUUCAGAAGUUGAUUUAGAACACGCGGAGCUUAGUUCUGAUUUACAAGCGUCCGAACGUGGUUCUCGAUCAUCGGCUGGAAAGAAAUCUCGCAGGUAUGGUAAGAACUCUAAAUCUAAAAUAGUUUCUCGAUGAAUGGCAUGUUCCGGAAUAGCAGAGGUCUUCGUGACUUGGCUAAGCAUUCCCACAUUGCUGAUGGUUGUAGAGAUUAUGAUUUAGAUUUUCUUGCUAUUUCGGAGACGGGUAGGCGGAAUUUCUCUCAAAGUUUUCUCGACCGUUUGUCAGGCGGGAUUAACUUUCAGUGGUUUUCUCGCCCGCCCCGUGGUAGGUCUGGGGGCAUUUUACUCGGCGUCCGUACAGACACCA